CAAGAAAAGAGACCCACCUCCUUGGACUACGUAUGGAUGAGGAAUCUAGAGUGAGAAGCUGUGAGGUUGCUGUCUGGUUUAGCAGAAGGAAUUAGACCAUUCUAGCGAAGAAAAAUCCGUUUGUGUCUAUCUCCAUUUGCCACUUGAAAAGCCAUGAAUCAUCCGUAGACAAACCCAAUAAUCACUAUUUUCAACUUAUCCACUUCCAAUCUUUGCCAUGACCACACUCCUUCACAUUUCUAUCAGUCUCUCACCACUUUGUGCCUUACACUUGCAUGAGGCCAGAACUGAAAGACAAAGAUGUUGUGGGUUGAGAUUGCCCCAACCUUUUUGCUGUCCCUCUCUUUUGAGAACAAAGAUUGGUUUUUCACAUCAAAAGAGGUUCAAAUUGGGGGUUUGUAGAGAGAGAUGGUCGUUCUUGGAAGUUAGGGAGGGUAAAGAUGGGAUUCUAGCGAGGGAGGAGGGGUGGAGGAGGAGGAAGAGGGUGGUUUUGGUGAAAUCCAAUCAAGGGUUUGGGUUUGGCGGCGGCGGUGGGAGGGAUAAUGGCGGCACUGCUAGGCUUUUGGGUAAUCUUGCCUUGGCUAUUGGCUUGACUUACCUUUCUGUGACUGGGCAGAUUGGUUUGCUUUUUGAUGCAAUUGGUUGGGUUUUUGAUGUAGUUGUUUCCCUUUGGCUCUUUGCAGUGAUUCUACCAAUCGCCGGUUUGGGAGCUUUACUCUGGUGGGCAGGACGAGAUAUAAUUCAAGACAGUUGCCCAAACUGUGGGAAUGAUUUUAAGAUUUUCAGAUCAGCUGUGAAUAAUGAUUUGCAACUGUGUCCCUUUUGUGCUCAACCUUUCUCAGGUAACGAGUCUGGCUCAGUAUACUGCUUUAAAUUCCCUUGUUACUAUGAAUCUCAACAUUAUAUCAUCUGGGUCGGUGUACUCUAUAUUCUCUUACCGAUCUAUCUCAUCCGGUUCCAACAUUACUGUAAACCCUUGAAGGAAAUCUGGUUCUACUUUCUAUUGAACACAAUAAGCACCAAAUCAAAUCAACCACCUGACAAGACAGGGAUAGCCGAGUGGUAAGGUUUCCCCUUUACCAUGGCAUGAUCCUGGAUAUAGUUUCAUAUACUAUGUGAUGUUCUUACAUGUAGUGAAAAAAACAAAUCAACCACCUGUAUCCUCGUUUUGGAAAUUAAACAUCUGCUUUCCUAAAAGAAAAUUUGUCCUCCAAAUCUAUCUACCUAACAAAAUUUAUGAUUUGGUCAUCUGCCAGAACUUCAGUAGGAUUGAAUAUAUUUGGCUGGUCAGUGUUAGGUGUUUCAUGGGGCACAUGGGUGGCUGUGUGGAUUUACAAUGUUGACAGUUAGAAUCUACCCUCCACCCUCUCUCUGUUUUGUUGUUGGAGCAACCUGCUUUGGUGUCUAGUCAUUGAUUAUUAUCUGAUCCAACUUGGAGUGAAAGUUGAAUUUUCAAAGAUCAUUCUCAUUUCUAAUAUUGCAAUGUCGAAAAGCUUCAAAAGUAGGAAACAUGCCCGUAAGUGCAUAGGUUAAAAAAAAGUAAGUGCAUAGGUUAAUUCUUUAGCCGACCCCAAGUGAUUGGAACAUAAGGCUCGGUUUGGUAUAGGUUAAUUCUUUACCAAUAAUGUUGUAAUAGUUUUCAAAGUUGGACCUGAUCAGAAAAUAUUGGCGCAUAGGUUGAACAACAGUUGACCGUUUGAUAGUUUCAUCUUUGUUUUGGCACAUUUAGCAACUAAUUACUUAUUUCUCUCUAUUGUCUUAAUGAAUGAGUGGAUCUGUCGGUGGUAGUAUUUCGAUGUUGAUCGGCUUCUGAAAGAUCUUACUGGAUAAUGAAGAGCUUUAAUUAGACAUUUUCUCCACACUAGGGCAGUAUGUGGCUAUCCGUAGGGCAGUCGUUUGGAUAUCAGACAUACUUAUCCAUAUUUAUGCAGUACAGGCAGUUUCCACAUCUCCAUUCAUAUCUCAAAUAUUUUGCUUUCAUUCAGUGGUAGGCAAUAAGUUUGUGAGCGAUCCUGUGAAUUUCUCCAACAAAUCUACGACCUUUGGGGAAGCCUUCAACAAUUUCUCUUCUCGCUCUAGUAAAGGUACUCUUCUCUUGGAUUUACAUACAUCUUAACAUUAAAGGAUUGGCAACAUCUUAACACUAAAGGAUUGGCAAAUCUGCUGAUUGGUUAUUUAUCCAUGAGCUAUGCUCCCCACGCAAAUCAUUCUCUUUUCAAAGUUCAAAUAGCAGUAGUUAAAGGGAAUUGUGCACUUGUGAAUCUGUCACAUUGGUUGUGCAGGGAAGGAUUUUUCAUCAGCAGUUGUUGAUGUUGAAGCUGAAGUAACAGAUUUAGACUGAAGAUUUUUCUUGUUAAACGGCCCUCAUAUGGUAAGAACAUCAGGGUACUUGAUACCCCGUGAGCAAGAGCCAAGUGAAAGAAAAGUGACGAAUAACUAUAUCCACUUGAAUGCAAUUAAGAAAUUUUGCUGUUUUUUUUAUCAGAGUACUUAAUACUUCAUGCUCCUUUUGUUUAACCGGAAAAAUUGCAGGAAGUUCAUGAAAACUCCAUUUUUCCAUGAUUAUUAUAUAUGACUGAAUAUGGAACAUACAACUUACUCAAUGGACGCACAAGAUGAGAAGAAGAAUAGCAUUCCGAAAACCAGUAACUAUAUGGUACUUGACAUCGAAAGAAGUAGCUAGACAGGACAGAAGUGUACACUUGAAAUGCUCAGAAAAUCUUUCGACAGUUUUAAGUGGUCAAAAUUGGGAUUAAGUAUCCCAGAAGUUUGUUACCAUAUCUUUCCAAGCAAAGUUGUGAAAAAGAACUUACCUAUAUCCAAAUUAUUAAAUAUUGUCUUUUAGCAGAGUUAUAAAUUUCUAACGGGAAAAGGUGUGACACCUUAGAGUUCUAGUUUAAAGCCAUCAAAAGUUAACCUGGGUUUCAGCGAGAAUUCCCGCCACGGUACUUGCUGUAACUAUGUUUUAAGACUUGACAUGCUUCCACAUCCCCUCAGAAUUGAACUGUCCCAUGGUCUUUAAAGUCCUAAAUCUCAAAAAAAUCAUCUCAACCUGUGUUGAUGGCUCCUGGUUACGUCACUGCUAUCAGCUUUCUGUCUUCUCAUUCCCCUACUUUUCUGGUGUUCGUAUUACUUCUUCACUCCUUGUUCUGGUUUAAUUUUGCCCCAGAUGUAUCAUAUAGAACAAUGUCCAAUGUCCCAGUCAAACAAGUCUUUGAUGCAGAUAGAUGCAUUGCUGUUUCCUCAAAGUGGAGAUAUCUCUGGGAACAACAAGACACAACGGCGAGAGGAGCACGGAGCACAGCAUUUCUACAAUGAUAUUACUGAUUUUGGUUUUUGUUUGUGUGUGUGCGCGAUCGCAAAUAGGUCUGAUCUUUUUUUACCGUAUCGGCAUCAAAUAGCUCUUUUAUCUUUCUUUCUUUUUCGUUGUAGGCAAGAUUAAGACAAUUUUCGGUCGUAACAAGGUUUUGAUCUUCAUGAUGCGAUGUUGCAUAACUAGUUUGCAAAACAUAUAUAUGAAAAUAAAAAUUGGUCCUUUAUGCUC